AUGUCUUGCAGCAAGCCGGAGCAAGUUCACAAGUUUGCUUCACGGCAGUGGUCAUCGGGAUCACUGAUGCGUGGCCUUUCCUUUCUGAAUGACCAGUCCAAGAAAGAACAGGUGGAAUAUGGUGAUAUUCUGUCAGUUGCCAAAAGUCGCCUUGCAACGCUGCAAGCACAGAAUGGGCAAGUUCCAUCGACGCCUGAAGCUCGGGUGCGGGCUGUGACUUCACCACAGGACAACAGCGAAAAAGGUGAGAUGAGCGAAGAUGACCUGAGUGAGGAGGAGGAUGCUGAUGCGUCCCAGCAGCAGAAGAAGGCCACUGAGGAGUACAAAAAGCUGGCCGCCCUCAAUGCCAAGCUUGCCAGGAUUUGCAAACCGAAAGCACAUUCAGGACGACUGGAAGUGAGCCAGGAGAUUCACAAACAGUGGAUGGCUGGAGGUGAACAGCGAAAGAGUCUUUUGAACAUUCUUAUCAAAGCAAAUGGCGAUAAG